AGAAACUAUUUCGGUUUGCUAGAGGAACAUUUUAAAUCUGAACUGAACCACUUAUUUUGCUUUCUUGGCCAAAUCACCAAAAUGUCCAGUUAGAACAAGAAUUUAGCAUUCUGCAAAAGAAGUUAACAGCUGAGGUAAGGAGAAAACAUUCUGAAAUGGAUCCCAAAUAUUUCAUCUUAAUGUUGUUUUGUGGACACCUGAACAAUACAUUUUUUUCAAAGACAGAGACAAUUACAACAGAGAAGCAGCCACAGCCUACCUCAUUCACAUCAUCAACGUCAUAUAUCUUAGCUAAUUCUCAAAACACAACAAAGAAUCCUUUGGGUCAAUCAACACAAUUCAAUGCCACAUCUUCUGGACAAUCAAUAUCAUCUGCCAAAGCCACUGCUGGACAACCAACACCAGCUGUCUAUACUUCUGAAAAAUCAGCAGCACAUACUUCCAUUGGACAACCACUUGCCUAUAACACCAAACAACCAAUACCAACAGCCAGCAACUCCUCCCAGCAACCUGUGUUCACCUCUGCCAGGCAACUACCACCAUCUACCCAUAUUUCUACCACACAACCACCAACGCCAUUUGUCUAUACUUUCACUCAACAAUCAUCAUCUGUCCAGAUCCCUUCUAGAAAACGAGUACCACCAACUGUUCAUGAUUCAUCCACACAACCAACAUCAACUGUCAAAAAUUCACCUAGGCAUACACCAGGAUUUAUCUUAGAUUCUACCAGUAACAAACGAACCCCACAAAAAAACAAUAGUAAUUCAACAGCUGCCAUACUAGUUGGUGUACUUCUGAUUUCUAUGUUGGUAGUUAUAAUCAUUGUUGUACUUUGGAAACGCUUAAGGAAGCCAGUUUUAAAUGAUCAAAAUUGGGCAGGUAGAUCUCCAUUUGCUGAUGGAGAAACUCCUGACAUUUGUAUGGAUAACAUUAGAGAAGAUGAAAUACCCACGAAACAUACCUCAAUCAUUUCACUUACACCCUGGAAACCAAGCAAAAGCACACUUUUAGCAGAUGAUUUAGAAAUUAAGUUGUUUGAAUCAAGUGAAAACAUUGAAGACUCCAACAACCCCAAAACAGAGAAAAUAAAAGAUCAAGUGAAUGGUACAUCAGAAGACAGUGCUGACGGAUCAACAAUUGGAACUGCUGUUUCUUCAGAUGAUGAUGCAGAUCUGCCUCCACCACCUCCCCUUCUGGAUUUGGAAGGACAGGAAGGUAGCCAGUCUGUCAAACCCGCAAUGAUAAUUGUAUCUCCUCUUCCAAAUGAUUCUCCUAGUCUUCUUCCAUCUCUGGAUUGUCUCAAUCAAGACUGUGGAGAUCAUAAAUCUGAAACAAUACAAUCAUUUCCAUCCCCCACUGACUCACUUAACUUGCCCCUGCCACCAGUAGAUUUUAUGAAAAACCAAGAAGAUUCCAACCUUGAGAUCCAGUGUCAGGAGUUCUCUAUUCCUCCCAACUCUGAUCAAGAUCUUAAUGAAUCCCUGCCACCUCCACCUGCAGAAUUGUUAUAAAUAUGACAACUUGCUUUUUAGCUGAUCUUCUAUCCUUAAAUGACUCUCUUUUGAUUUUCUUUAUAUGUUAAAAUAUAUAAAAUGGCAACUGGUAGUUGAUUUUGAUUUUUAUUCAGGAACUAUCUGAAAUCUGCUCAGAGCCCAUGUGCAUAGAUAAUU